GGCGGCUCUGCACGGGCGGCGGUGGCGGAGGAGCGCGGAGAGCGCCCCCGGCCCCGCCCACCCCUCCCCCAUCUCCCACCGCCGCCAUCAUGGAGCCCGCGGAUCUGCUGCCCCUGUACCUGCAGCCGGAAUGGGGCGAGCAGGCAGAGCCGGGGGGGGCCACCCCUUUUGUGGAGAUCCUGGAGCAGCCGAAGCAGCGCGGGAUGCGGUUCCGCUAUAAGUGUGAAGGGCGCUCAGCUGGGAGCAUCCCUGGGGAGCACAGCACAGACAGCGCCCGCACGCACCCCACCAUCCGCGUAAACCAUUACCGGGGUCCGGGCCGCGUUCGGGUCUCUUUGGUGACGAAGGACCCCCCCCACGGCCCCCACCCCCACGAGUUGGUGGGCCGCCAUUGCCAGCAUGGCUACUAUGAGGCCGAGCUCAGCCCCGAGCGCUGCGUGCACAGUUUCCAGAAUUUGGGCAUUCAGUGUGUGAAGAAACGGGAACUGGAAGCGGCGGUGGCUGAACGGAUCCGCACCAAUAACAACCCCUUCAAUGUGCCAAUGGAGGAGCGCGGUGCCGAAUACGACCUGAGCGCGGUGCGGCUCUGCUUCCAGGUGUGGGUGAACGGCCCCGGGGGGCUCUGCCCGCUGCCCCCCGUCCUCUCCCAGCCCAUCUAUGACAACCGUGCCCCCAGCACAGCCGAGCUGCGCAUGCCGGGUGACCGCAACUCUGGGAGCUGCCAGGGGGGGGAUGAGAUCUUCCUGCUCUGUGACAAGGUCCAGAAAGAGGACAUCGAGGUUCGUUUCUGGGCUGAGGGCUGGGAGGCGAAGGGCAGCUUCGCGGCGGCCGACGUACACCGCCAGGUUGCCAUCGUGUUCCGCACGCCGCCCUUCCGGGAGCGCUCCCUCCGCCACCCGGUCACCGUCCGCAUGGAGCUGCAGCGCCCCUCCGACCGCCAGCGCAGCCCCCCCCUCGAUUUCCGCUACCUGCCCCACCAGGGGGACCUGCAGUGCAUUGAGGAGAAGCGCAAACGCACGCGGGACACCUUCCGUGCCUUCGUCCAGCGGGCACCACUACCAGGUCUGGAACCAAACCCUGAGCCGCGGCCCCCCCGGCGCAUUGCAGUGCCUUCCCGGCCCCCCCCAGCCCCCCAGCAGCCCCCCAGCAUGGUGGGAGCCCCCCCUGCUCCCCUUUUCCCUCUGGGGGUGCCCCCCGCCUCCUCCCCAACCCCGGAGCCUUUGGCCGAAGCUCUGCUCCAACUGCAGUUCGACGAUGGGGUGGGGGGGUCCGGACCCCCCCCCUCCACCACCACCACCACCACCACCACAACACAAUGCGCUCUGGGGGGCGGCAUCCCCGAUCCGGGGGGGUCCCCUUUAGAUUUGGGGGCUCUUCUGGGUGACCCCCCCUUUGAUACCAUCGACGCCGCUGAGUUGCAACGAUUGCUGGGCCCCCCCGAGACCCCCCCAGGUGGGAUUGGGGCUGGGGGGGGUUUUGGGGAGCUCCUCUCCCUCCCGACGAAUUUUGGGGACCCCCCCUCAUCCACCGCCGCCACAUUUGGGCCCUCCCCCCCCAUGCUGCUCUCCUAUCCCGAAGCCAUCACACGUUUGGUGCAGUGUCAGACCCCGGGGGGGUCAGGAGGGGGGGGACCUCCUGUUGGACCCCCCCAGGAUUUAGGGGGGCCUCUACAUCCUCCCGGAGCCCCCCCCCAGCCCACGGAGGACUCCCUGCCCUCCCUGGGGGACCUGGACUUCAGUGCCUUCCUCAGCCAGUUCCCUUCAUCCUGAGCUUGGGGGGGUACUGGGAGCAACUGGGGGGGUGGGGGGGGGGCAACUGGAGGGGCAUGAAGGUCAAUUGGGG